AUGGCUGAAGUAGAACGCGCUCCCUCAGUCACAGAACAAGUCGAAGAUACAAAGGAGGCAACCCUUCCUCUGACUCCCGUAUCUGACGGUGACGGCUUUAAGCAUGGUGACCACGAGGAUCACCCCAACGAGACACCUGGCCCCGCAGAGCCAGCUCACGAACCAGAACCAGAGCCGUCUUCCGAAUCUGCGGAAAUGGAUACACCCGCCGAAAAUAAGAAAACAGCACCCGCAUCUAUGUCUCCGGCGAAACCCAGAGCCAGCAUAAGUACUGGCGCUCGAACACGCACCACCAGUCUAGCUACAGGAAAAGUCGAUUCCAAAGCACCAGCUGCAUCUGCAUCUGCACGGAAGACUUCGCUUGCCAAAACAAACCAGCCCACUCCAGCACCUGCCUCGAAAAGGGUUUCUUUGACACCGUCCACUGCCACGUCGUCAAAGCCCACCGCAGGACCUGGCAAGACCGCUGCAUCCAGCUGUGGCAGAUUUACCUACUACCGGCCUUCUGCCACUGCUGUCGCCAAAGCACAGACAGCAAAACCUGCGGCUGCAACGGCACGCCCAUCACCGGGAGCACGUUCUAAGCCUACAGAGACUGUAGUGGAACACAUUGACUGGGAAGGUUCUGCCAGAGCUGCCCGGAGAACACCGUCCGCCAAAGAUGCUAAGUACGAGGUGUUCGAAAGGGAGCUUAAAGAAAAGAAUGAAGAAGUUCUAUCCCUUCGAGAGCAGGUCAAGACCUUAGAAGAGAACGUUACCUCUCUGAAGGAGGCUUCAAAGAAUGCAGAGAUUGCUGAGACUCGCUUGAAUGAUGAGUUACAGUCGUCAAAGCAUGCGCUAGGAUCAUCCGAACUGGACAAAAGCAAGCUGCAAUCCUUACUUGAAGAGGCAAAGAAGGAGCUAAAUGAAACCCUGUCUAACCUCGAUACGAAGGAAUUUGAAUAUACCGAGCUUGCCGCCCGAGUGCAAGAAUUCGAGAACACCAUAGCUGAGCUGCGCUCUGCUAACGACGUUGCGAAGCUGGAAAUCAGCGCACUUAAGGAGCAACAUUCUACCCAAGGCGACCUUGCUAUUCGCGUUGAAACCGAAGCACUGACCGCCAGCCAUCAAGCCUCGAUCGAACAGUUCCAGAUCCAGAUCAAGGAGACUGAGGCCAAACUUUCAGCCGCCGAAGCCACGAUAUCCCAACUUCGGAGCCAGAUUUCGACUUUCGAGUCGGAAAGGGAGGAGCUCAAGAAUCGUAUUUCCGAGCUCGAGGUUGAAAUACUAGAAAUCAGGGAGGAAAAUGAGGUCGACGCUGAUAAUCACGCCAAAGAACUUGUUAAACUCAAGGACGCUCAUUCUAAGGAGCUCGCAGAUGCCAAAUCUCGUCUCCAGGCUGACCUCGAGAAAAUCGAGAUGGCUCAUGAGGAAGCCGUCAAGAAAUUAGAAGCUGCCAUCACUGCUGCCGGAGUCGAACAUACUACUAAGCUAGACACCGCCCUCAAGGAAGCUCAAGAGUCAGCCGCUGAAUCGAAGAAAUCAGCCUUAGCUGCGCUCGAAGAAGCCCAUGCCAAGACUGUCGAGGUCCUCCAGGCUCAAUCGUCUCAGGAGCUUGCCGAGGCGAAGGAAAGCCAUGAGCGCAGCGCCGCCCUCGUCGCCCAAGAGGUAGAAAAUCUCAAGACAGAAUUAGCGAGUCAGGAAGACAAGUACGCAGCCAAGGUUAGAGAGGUCAAGGUCGAGCACGAUAAGUUGGUCGAAGAGGCUUAUCAUCGCGCCAAGGGUGAGGCGGAUGGACAGCAUUCCAAAGAACUCGCUGAGUUGCGUACUCGUUCUGAUGCUGCAAUCAAGGCCAUUCGAAGUAGCCAUCGUGAAGAACUCAGUCACGCUGAGGAUACUCAUCGGGAAGCUUUAGAGUCUGCGACUAAGCCGUUGGAGAAGAAGAUCAACAAUCUAACUGUCGAGGCUAAUGCCGCUCGAGAUGACCUAGCUAAGGCCAAGAAUACGAUUUCUGCGCAAGUGACGGAGACCAAGGCGUUGCAACAGCAAGUUAGCGACUUGAAACAAUCUUUGGACAAGGCAGCAUCCUCAUCCCCCAAGACCACACCAUCGGCAGAGAUCGAGUCGCUCAGGAACGAGCUCCGCGAAAUGAAGGACGAUUAUAACGCCUUGAACGAUGUUUACAAAUCGAUGCAAGAGAAUUACGUGGCGACAGUGAAUAACCACAAGCUCGAGUUGGAGGAGGCAGCGAAGGGCCGGAUUGAAGCGUUGGAAACCCUUAAGUCCAAACACGAGGCCGAAAAGGCCCAGUUCGCCGAAGAGCGAGCGUCCCUAUUGCGUAAAGUUGAAGAAGAGCGAGACCGUGCCCUCUCGACUUUGAAUAGCUCUCGGAGCCCGCCCGUCACUCCCAAGCAUAGUCGUAUCCUGUCUAAUGGCUCUCGAGAUAAUCUUGAGCGUCUACACCAUGCCAAUGACGCUAGAUUGACUCAACUUGAGACCGAGCACAAGCAAGCUGUUGCUCAGCUCACUAUCAAUCUCAUGGAGGUAAAGGAUGAGAAAGAUCGGAUGUCUGAGGAGUUUGGGCGUAGGAUCACGGAGCUGGAAGACGAGAAGAAACAGCUUGGCGAGGAACUGGAGCGCAAGAACAUGGAAUUGUCGUUCCAAGAAGAAGAGCUCAACGAUACUCAAGAUGAAGUUAAACAACUCCAAGAUGAACUGGAACGCCUCAAGGCCAUGACGCACGAGCAAGCCGCUUAG